AUGCAGAGCCUCUUGGGAAAAAUUCUUGGCUGCAUUGCAGAGGCCGUGAAGAAGCUCGGGGAAGGCGGCUACGGCAAAGUCUUCAAGUGUAAGGUCCUCUGCGGGAGCGCUGAGGACUAUGUCACUGUCAAGCUGGUCGCAGAGAAGUCAGACGAUGUUCUGCGUGAGAUCGAACUGAUGGAAGAGAUGAGUGGCGUCUCGGAGUUCUGCCUGUCCUCCCUGGGCUCUCCGACCAUCCCAUCCUUCGUCGAUGCGCCGGAGGGCUACUGGAUCAUGAUGCCCCUCAUGAACGGCGGGGAACUUUACGAGUUGAUGACCAGCUGCGACCGACAUCUUGGAUGCGGUGCCUGCGAGGAUUGGUUUGGCCGGCGCUGCUGGACAGAUCUCAACCCCUCCUACACCACGGCCUUCAUGCUGUCCCUCUUCCGCGACGCUGUGAAGGGCGUGGCUGCUUUCCAUGCGCAAACAGGGUUUCUCCACGCGGACCUGAAGCCGGAGAAUGUGAUGCUCAAUUGCAGAGGUACCGAUGAUUGCUUUGCAGCUGUCAUCGAUUUCGGCCUGGCUUGUGACAUGAAGGACCCGGAGGAGUGUGCCUACGCAGGGACGCCGGCCUACGUCCCCCCGGAGGUCUACCUCAGCUCUCCAGUCGCGGCCCUGGGGAGCCCGAAGCGGGAUGUCUGGGCACUUGGUGUGAUCCUGUAUGAGCUCACGUACCAGAGCGUUCCGCCCUUUGCCAUGGAAGAUGGCUCCGGGGACCUGGUGACUGCCUACGACCCUGCCACUGACAACAACUUUCCGCAGCCUCCAACCGCAUUGGAUCAGCUAAUCAUUCAGAUGCUUGCGCUGAACUACACGGAGCGGCCCACUCUGAAUAGCAUUGAGACCAUGCUCAAGGACAUCAUCCUCGAAGAGCUCAAGGCGGAGGACGAGCGGGACGAGCGGAAGGUGUUGGCAAUGCUGGAUGAGACCCCCACAGAACGUGGCGCGAGCGUUGCCAAGCCGAAAUGCCUCUCGCAGUCUGAUGCGGCGCAGGUGCUUGAAGCGAACCCAGAGCUCAAAGCCGGCAAGCAGCACCAUCGCAGAAGCAGCGCCAGCGGCAGUGAGGAGGCGAAACGAGAGCACUGCACGGACACACCGCGCCCCUUUGCCAACAUCCGCAAGUGCGGAAUGAAGCGCCAGGGAAAGCGAAGGGUGUGCUGCGUUUGCCAUGUUGAGCGCGGUGGCAAAAUUGUCAACGCACACUUUCCCAUGAUGGACGAGUGUCUCUGA